UACAUCGUGUUGUCAUUGGAAGAAAGACCUCUGUCAACGGAAGAAACAGCGAUAGCGCGUUCUGUAAUUUCUUCCUCUUAAAAAUCCUUACUUUGCGAGAUAUUCUCUGAUGCACUCGCUUGGGUACGACCGACUGCCAAGGAAAACAGAGGACUAUGACUCGUAAAAGCACGAUUAGCCGCAUAGUAUUUCUUCUGCUCCCCUGGUUCGGCUACAGCUCAAACAGAUUGGUCAUCUUAAUUACCAGAUUGUUCUGGAUUGUUACAAUAGCGUUUAUCGAAUUCUUUCACUAUCUAUAUGUUUCGACGCACUUAAAUUCGGAGAAUUUUUUUAACCUCGUGGACUGCUGCAGUAGCUUUUUGGCACACGCCAAGGUAAUUACUAAGCUCGUUGCGUUCUGGAUCAACCAGCGAAAAUUCGAGGAGACGUUGGUGUUAAUUACGGAUGACUGGGAUGAUUGCGCUAAGAAUGACAUCGGCAUGCGCGUGAUGGCAGACAAGGCGAAAAUAUCGGCUCGCAUUACUAACACUAUACUCGUUCUCCAUACGAUGACCAUCGUUGCGUAUUGCCUGGGAGUCAUCAUCGCUGAUGCCGAUGUUACCGAUCAAACCAUCGAGUUGCCCUUUGUCAACAAAUUAGAGUUUCCCUUCAGUAUUAAUACGCAGCGGAUGUACAGAUUUGUGUUAAUCGCUGAAUUUGUGCACAUGAUUGUGUGUAAUUGGGCAGCUGGCGUUUACAACGCUAUACUUUUGUCAAUGGUAUUCCAUGUAGGUGGCCAAAUAGAUAUUCUGCAAUGUUGGAUGGCAGAGCUUACUUCAAACGAAAUGGAAAAUAAACCAGAAUCGAGCAUUAUCGCAGCAAACAAGAUCAUUCUAAAGCAUCAAAAAAUUAUUCAGUUUUCAGAAAAUAUAGAGAGCUUGUACACGUAUAUUGCGUUACUAUUAUUUGCAUCGAACACAAUGUUAAUUUGCUCCCUGGGUUUUCUCAUCGUAACCGCGGUUGGUACUGCCGAUGCUACGGAACAGAUUAUGAAAUGUCUUUUAUUCUUCACGAUAACGAAUCUGGAGGCAUUUAUAUUUUGCUACGCUGGAGAGUAUCUGAACAAUAAGAGCAGAGAGAUUGGAUUUGCAACGUAUAACUGUGCGUGGUACAAUUUCAAGUCUAAAGAUAGUCGUAUUUUGUUAUUUAUAAUUUUAAGAUCCCAGAGGCAAUUGACGUUAACAGCUGGGAAAAUGAUGGACCUCACCUUACAAUCCUUUGCGAGUAUUAUGAAUGCUUCGGGUUCCUACCUGUCAGUGUUGUUGGCGAUGCAAUGAACAUCACGUUCACCACGAUAACUUUUAAUCAAUAGUCGUGAAGCGUGUAUAAACAUGUAAAUAUGUCUUCACUAGUUACACUAACACACAUUGUAAUAGUGCGUAUUUUUCGAAAUGUUAUAUGAAAAUAAGAUAAUUUACGUAACUUGAAAUGUGACAUGGAACUAUAACAGAAAAUUCGCAAUGUAAGAAUGUAACACGCAAAGGUUGAUAUACAGACACGAAGUAAUUUUA